UUGAAGCGCCAUAAUUUCAAAAUAAAAGCGCCUCGUUUAGUCGCAAUUCAACGUGUACGGCAAAAGGGCUGAAAUAGUGCGAGUAUUUUCAUUGUUUCCAUUUUGUGUAAGAAGUGGAGCCAAGGAACUUUAAUAACACGCAAUUGGACGCACUAUCGAUUGGUUUCCCUUUGAUUGAAAGAACUUCAAACAUGGGCUGUCGCAUAUCCUUUCUGAAAACUCUGCUCAUCAUUUUGAAUGUGCUGCUUUCGUUAAUUGGCGUGACGUUAAUUGCGCUGUCAGUCUACGAGCUGAACAGCUCCUCGUCGGGCACCUUCGAGCACAUUGCAAUUGUGGUGCAGAUAUUUGUGGGUUCCUUUGUGGUGCUCAGCUCUUUUCUCGGCUGCUUUGCGGCCGGACGCGUCUCUUUGGGGCUCAUUUGGAGCUUUGUCACCUGCAUGUUGUUACUGAUCAGCCUGCAAAUCUAUAUAAUUGCCGCCGCUCACUCCACGGAUUAUGUGCAGCGAGCACGCACGGAUUUCCUGGCACUCUGGACGGAUCAGCAAAAAAACAUUGAACGCAUUGCAGACCUGGAGCAAAAGUAUUCUUGCUGUGGCCAGAAAGGACCGCAGGAUUAUAUUCUGCAAGGAGGCGCCUAUCCGACGAGUUGUUAUCAAAAUCAGGAGCGUGCUUAUAGUCAACUAUUUAGCGGCGGUUGUGUUGAGGCUGUGGAGUUGCAUGCCACAAACAAUGUCGAUAAUGGACUCAUCAUAAAAUGGCUGCUUUUUGUGGUGGAGUCUUGCGCCCUGAUCUCGUCCACCCAUCUGGGCAUUACAGUACGGAAUAAACUGCGGCGAGAGCGUUUUUGAAAGGUUUUUGCAAUUAGUCACUAAUUAAAAAAAAAAAAAAAAAAAAAAAAAAAUACUUAAAUGUAGCAUCCCUAAGUGUUGGCAUUUUACAAAAUAAAUUGUGCAAAACUGUUGUUAACAAAUAAAUAUAAAACACUUUAA